CUGGGCAUGGAGCGUGUGCGGGGAGCUGGGGCCGUGCUGGCGGUGCUGGUGGUGCUGGGAGCCCCCCCGGCUGCGGGCGAGGAGCUGUCGGGGGUGUUCCAGUGGCUGGGAAAGAACGAGUGUUACUUUAUCAAUGGCACCGAGCGGGUGAGGUUCGUGCAGAGGUACAUCUACAACCGGGAGCAGUACAUGCACUUUGACAGCGAUGUGGGGGUCUUUGUGGGGGACACCCCGUUUGGGGAGAUCCAGGCCAGGUACUGGAACAGCCAACAGGAUGGGCUGGAGUACAGACGGUCUGCGGUGGACUGGUUCUGCCGGGUCAGCUACGAGGUGUCCACCCUGUUCCUGGUGAACCGCAGAG